AGAGAGAGAGAGAGAAAGAGGAGGGAGGAGGGAGGGGAGGUGCAUACAGAACCUAGAGAGGGAGCAGACAGAUAACACACAGGGAGAGUUGAGUCAGUCAGAGCAGAUCAUGGGGAGCUGAAGACCUUCUGCAGAAAUGUUGGGAGAGAGGUGAUGGUGAUCUCAGGGAGGGAAGUGUGAGCAUCCAGAGAGCAAAGAAGAGGGAGUGGGUUGAAGGGUGCGGUUGGUGGGAAGGCCCCAGAGCGACUGCUGCCCCCUUUGCUGCCUCUUGAAGAACCCUUGCCCCUGGGGCCCUCAGCCCUGAGGCAGGCAGCCUCCGGCCCUUCCAGGGAUGCCUGAGCUGUGUGAGAACCUCACCUACGUCCAGGGCAAUGGUGGUCCAGUGACCAGCACGCUGAUGUUUCUGGCUGGGGUGGUUGGCAACGGACUGGCCCUGGGCAUCCUGGCUGCCCACCGGCGGGUGCUGCGGGCUCGCUCCUCUGCCUUCACUGUGCUGGUUACGGGACUGGCGGGCACUGACCUGCUGGGCACAUGCUUCCUGAGCCCUGCUGUCUUUGUGGCCUAUGCCCAGAACAGCUCUCUCCUGGGGCUGGCCCAGGGGCCGGGGCUGUGCCACUGCUUUGCCUUCGCCAUGACCUUCUUUGGCCUGGCAUCCACUCUCAUCCUCUGUGCCAUGGCGGUGGAGAGAUGCCUAGCCCUCAGCCACCCCUACCGCUAUGCGCAGCUCAAUGGACGUCGCUAUGCCAAGCUGGCCCUCCCUGCUAUCUACACCUUCUGUGCUCUGUUCUGCUCCUUGCCCUUUCUGGGGCUGGGCCGGCACCAACAGUACUGCCCGGGGAGCUGGUGCUUCAUCCAGAUGCGUUCCGAGGAGGCUGCUGUGCAGGCCUUUUCUCUGGCCUACGCCACCCUGGUGGGACUGCUUGUGGGGGCCAUCAUCCUAUGUAACGGCUCCGUCACCCUGAGCUUGUGCCGAAUGUACCGGGAGCAGCGACGGCGGAGAGGUUCCCUGGCACCCGGGCGAGCUGGGCCAGGGUCCAGGGAGGGCGAGGACGAAGUGGAUCACCUGAUUCUGCUGGCCCUCAUGACCGGUAUCCUGGCCAUCUGUUCGCUGCCUCUCACGAUUCGUGGCUUCAGGCAAGCCAUCAGACCUGACCCCAAGGACCUAGGAGACCUUAUUGCCUUCAGAUUCAGUGCCUUCAACCCCAUCCUGGAUCCCUGGGUCUUCAUCCUCUUCAGAAAGGCCGUCUUCCGAAGGCUCCGGCAUGUGUGCUGUUGUCUCCGCCGGGCCCCACCCAUGGGGCCACCAGCUGUUAAGGUCCACAAUUUCCCCUUUCCUGACACAACCCAGGGAUGAGACACCAGGCACCUGUCCUUGUUUGACCCCCCAGUCUCUGUUGGCCAUCUCAGCUCCUGCCAGGCUGGGGGGGGGCUCAGUGGGAUAUGGGUGGAAGGACAGAUUGUCAGUCCUUGCAGGUCCUCCUCCAAGCAAUCCCCCCAAGCCACCAAAAUCUCCAACUCUCCAUUUCGUCUGCGUGACUCUGGCCAAGUCCCUGUCCCAUUUUACGGUUUUCUCAUGAGUAAAACAAAGGGAUUACAAUAGUUUGCAAGGACCCUUCCUGCUUCCAAAGUGGAUGAAAUGCUCAGGGCCACAGGCGGCUGUCUGGGUGGGGCUCAGCCACCGGAGAGGGGCAGAGGGGACAGAUGCAUCUGCCGUCUUUAGUGUCAGCCCAGGAACCCUGACAUCUGGCUUGUCAGAGUCUCCCCAAUCCUCCCACCUCAGGCGUCACCCCAGCACUCCUCUAGGAUCGCCCCAUCAAGUAGCUGCCCCUAUAAAGUCCAGACAAGGGAAAAAGGAAAAAAAGUAUCUUGGAACCUAGAAAGAAUAGUGAUCUCAAAAUAACCAGGCUCUGCGCUCCCUUGGCCCGGCUCAGCCCAGCCCAGCCCAGCCCUUCGUCUCCCAUCUAUAUCACUGUCUAAAUAUUUGGAAAGCA